CUCUUUUUCUACCUUUUUCUUUCUAUCUUUCCGUCUGUUCCCUGAUUCAUAGGAAAAACAAAAUGGAAUUGCCUCAGCUUAACAUUUACACACAAAACGAUCCCAAGCAGUUUCUUGCUUCAGAGGACUUGAAAGGCCAAUAUGACGGCACAAUCGUCUUUUUCUCUGACAAGAAGGCUUUGACCACUGUCAUUCCUGCCGCCCAAGUCUAUGCUGAUAUGGACGAGCACUUUGGUGAAUCCAUUCAGCUCAUUGUCGUUUCUGACAAUCAAGGACCAAGCAAACGCGUUGUUGUUGCUCCUGUCGGUUCCAUCAAUAAUGAUUUCGACGAUGUGCGUCGAUUCAAAGAUGCUGCUUUUGCUGCGGGUAAACGAGCAUUGAAGGCUGGUGUGACAGCACCUAUUGUUGUGUUUGCCGAUACUCCUAAGGAUUCGUCCAACUUGGGCUGGACGUUUGAUGGCGAGGAUGAUUUCAAACAUUAUUUGGAAGUCACCAUUCUUGGCUUGUUCGAGUCUGCAUAUGAACCCAUCGAUGUACGAGAACAUGCUGAGCGUUCCAAGAAGCCCCUGCAGGUGUUCAAGCAGCUUGGAUUCAGCACCCGUGACCAGGUCCAAGUGGAAAGCUUGAUCCAAAAGGUUUCAGCCAUCGAAAUGGGACGUCGUGUCAGCAAAGAUAUUGGCUCGCCGGAUCCCGAACGCAUGUCGCCUAUUCAGGUUGUCAAGUAUUUGCAGGACACCUUUGGCAAGGAUCCCCGUAUCAAGAUGACCGUGAUCGACGACAUCGAAACAAUCAAGAAAGAGUAUCCUUUGGCUCAUGCGGUCACCCGUGCUAGUUUGGCAGUAUCGCGCCACCAUCCGCGAUUUGUCCUCUUUGAAUAUCAAUCGCCCGAUCAGAGCAAGGUCAAGGAAAAUCUUUACUUUGUUGGCAAGGGUGUGACCUAUGAUACGGGCGGUGCCGAUAUCAAGUGCAGUGGCCACAUGCGAGGAAUGUCGCGUGACAAGUGCGGUGCAGCAGCCGUGGCUGGAUAUUUCAAGACGAUCAGCAUGUUGCAGCCCGACAGAGUGAAUGUCCGUGCUGGAUUAGCCUUGGUUCGCAACUCUGUAGGAUCCGAUUCAUAUGUCAGUGAUGAGGUUAUCUAUUCGCGUAAUGGCACACGAGUGCUGGUUGGAAACACAGACGCAGAAGGUCGCAUGGUAAUGACGGAUUUGCUGUGCCAAUUCAAGGAAGAAGCAGUAGCAUCAUCAUCUAGCGCCCCUAACUUCCUGUUCACAGUGGCCACCUUGACGGGUCAUGCGCUUCGUGCAUACAACGGCUAUGGUAUUGCAUUGGACAAUGGGUUUGCACGACGACACAAGAUGAGCCAGCGUAUCUAUGAUGCGGGCCAUGUGCUGGCGGAUCCGUUUGAAAUCUCAACCUUCCGUCGUGAAGAUGUGGAGGUGGUCCAGCCAGGUCGGUCAAGCGAGGAUGUGGUGCAGGCCAACGACCAACCAAGCACCAUGACAAACCGUGGUCACCAGUACCCUGCUGGAUUCAUGUUGAUUGCCUCGGGACUUGAUAAGCAUGGUCUCAAGGACAAGAAGCCGAUCGGCUUUACGCAUCUCGAUGUUGCUGGCUCAGCUGAGGAAAUGUCAGCAGUAGGAUGGAGCAUACCACGCGUUACAGGUUCGCCAGUGGCAGCUUUGACAGGUGCUUUUCUGCUCUAAGUGAUUUAUGAUUUCUCUUUCUACCCCACACACAUACGUACAUAGUAGUAGUAGUAAUUUCCAUGUUUAAACGACACACAACAAAGCACGCUGGCUACUGUAUGUCUAUUGUCCGUUAGUCAUGUAUCAAACUUCCAUCUGACAUUGCUGGAUAUUCAGGGCUGACUAAAAACUCUCACGCUUUGUGGUUGGCAUGUG